AUGGCUGGCCUCCUCGCUCGCCUCAAGGGAAAGGACUCCAAGUCCAAGAAGAAAGCCGCCAACGAUCUUGCCUCGUCGCUGCCGCCCAAACCACAAUGGACCGAUGCCUACGCGCGCACCUCUGUCGAGCCCGAGGAGGUCCACGAGCUGAUCCGAUGUUGUACUCAAGAGCUCAAGGCGCGAGCUCUCGACCACCCCUUUCUCCUGCUCCCAUUCCGACCGACCUCCGAUCCUAGCGCCGUGCGCUCCUUUAUCCGUCACUUUUUCGAGUCUCAUGCGAAUCUACGCGGUGAACAAUUGCUCCAGGAGUUGCGCAUGACGGAACCAAUGGUGGUUUCUGGUGUCGCAAAAUGGUGCUGGAGUCGAAUUCAGGGGGGCAUUGUUGGCUGGGAUGCGUAUGAGCUGUUCAAAGUGGGAGAAAUUGACUCAAACCUGGCCCGAGACUCUUUCAAGACAUUCAUCCCGAUUAGCGUUGAGAAUGGCGCCCGUCAGCGCAUCAUCUUUGACUUCUUCGACCUCAUGGCAGCAAUUGCUGCCCACGGAAAGUCCAAUGGUCUUGGUGGCCGAAAGCUGUCGCGGAUGGCUGCAUGGUGGGCCUUUGAGCACAAGGAUACAACCAAGGGCUUCGAGGGAGGAUAUGAGGCGUGGCUUCGUGCUGCCGAUGCGACCAGCCACAUGUUCUUCGCUUUCCUCCGAUCUCUCUCGCCUGAACAGAAUGUCACUGGCAUCACCAUGCUCCCCAUGUCUCUCCAGAAACUGCUCCAGGAAACCGAAUAUCCUCCCCAGCGACCAGCCCUUAUGAGCUCGACUACCAACAAGGUUGUCAUGAUCGUCGACACCGUGUCUCCGACUCCUUUUGCCCUUUUGCGGAGGGCCAACCACUUCCAGUACCGCGACGAGGACCGCGCAUUGCAGGAGUUUUCCGAGUACGAGGACCCCAUUAAAGCUUUGACAGAUGAGUGUCGUCGAGUGUUGAAGGCUAUUGCUGGCGCCAACCAGUCACAAGUAUCAAGCUCAAAGCACUCGACCAGUCUGCGUGAUGCAUCUUGGUCGCGAUUUGAGGAUAUCGGAUUCUCUAGUCCUCUCGAGGAGGAAGAUGAUGACGACGAAAGUGCCUUGGCCCAGAAGCAACCACCACCUGGCCUUCGCAGGACGCCUGCGUCUGGAAACGGCCUCGGAAGACCGACAACUCCCUCAUGGGCCGACUUCUUGUCCUCCGGAUUUGUCGACGAAAACCAGGCCGCUCGAUCCAACCUUCUUCUCCCCCCCGACAAGGUCCUGCCGCCUCUUGAAACGGUGAGACAACGAAGCUCGCAGUCACACCGACCAAGACUUGAGCACGACCGCUCCCUUGAACCUGGUGAACUUGCUAGCAUCACCACCUUUUCCUUGGACGAUGCAUUCUGGUGGGUUUGGAUGACCAGUCUCGCCCCUGAGGAGACUGCCGAGCGAAAGUCUGCAUUCGGACGAUGCGCAAUUGUCGAGACGAAGAUCACCGGUGGCCGCUGGCUGGUGAUGGAGGAGAUGGUGGCUGGCGCGGCGCCAGAGCCUCAGGAGGGUGCCUACAUCGCAGAGAAGAAGGGCUUCUUCAGCUGGACUCGACGUGGAAAGGGUCUUAGUCGACGGAAGUCAGCUGGAAAGCAAGCUCUCGAAAACAACGUUGGCCAAAAUAGCGCCAGCAAGGCCAGCAUUGGCCCCGACACUCAUGCUAGGAUCCAAGCUAAGGCUGCACAGCUUCGAGCAGCUGAACUUCAGGAGAAGAAGCUGGCUGCCCAGCAGCAGUACCAGCGCCGUGGCCGAACUGAUGCAGAGCUCAUGGCUGAGAAGACUAAUAGUGUUCUCACCUUGCAGCCCACCAUCAUCGGUGAGGCUUCAUCAGCACUGAAGUGGGUUUCCAAGUACGACAAGGGAACGAUCAAGGACGUGUAUAUGGCCAACAGCAACGCAGGUCGCGGCUUGGCUGUAUCACCUAUUCCCUCCGAGGGAGUUAACGGAGAUGCCGAGACCAAUGGUGGCUCGCAUGCUCAAGAGCAGCCUCCUCAGGUGCCCGUUAAGGACGUGCCAACGCCUGUUGCCUCUCCGACAUUCGCGCCAGCCCCCAAGGAGACCGUAAGGAAGCCUCUUCCAGUGCCCGACAAGCCCACCGAAGUUGAGCCUGCGCCUGUACCAGCUCCGGAGCCAGUUCAGGAGCAGGUCCAGGAGCCUAUCACACAGCUCCCGGAUCCAGAACCAGCGGCUGCCCCCGCCCCUCCUCCCAAGAGCGAGUUGCCUCAAGACUUUUCUCGUGAGAACAUGGUGUCCCCUACGCCAUCAAGCCCUGAGAGCAAGAAGAAGAAGCUGCAGAAGGAGAACAAGGAGAACCGCGGUUUCCGUAAGCUGUUCCGCAUGAACCGAAGCUCCAAGCUUCCAGAGAAUGCCGGCGCCAACGUGAAUGCGCUCCUUCAACGGGAUCAGCCCACUCCUGAGCCACACGCUCAACCAACUCCGGCUCGUGUUGAGACUCCAGAGCCUGCGGUCGCCCACGCCCCCGUUCCCCAGCCCGCUCCUGUACAGGGUGAUGACUCUGAGCUGCCGACCCCCACACCCGCCGACUUUGUCACGCCUAUGGAAGAGCCUGUGAAGCGUGUCGAUACACCCCAGAAGAACCACGAGGUCGUUGAGCCAACUAUGGAGGAGGCUCAGCUGCCUCCUAGCAACAACUCGACCCCUGUGGAGGUGCAGAAUGCUCGGUUCAACCAGGGCCCCCUCGCAGACCAGCCUGCCUUUGCCCCCGACAGUGACGACGAGGAUGACGCGACGCCUCCGCCCAUCGCUCGAGAGCCCCGUCACUCUCCCCAGAUCGGUUCGGCGGCGCAACCUGAGGAGAAGCUGAGCAACACCGCCGGCCCAGGAGUUCAAGAUCGAUGGGCUCAGAUCCGCAAGAACGCUGCUGACAGAGCCGCUCGUCAACCCGACGAGGCACCCCGCCCUGCUCACAGGACCACUGAUGGCGACGAUGAUACAAGUGGAGAAGAGACUAUUGAAUCCCGCGUUGCCCGAAUCAAGGCUCGCGUCGCCGAAUUGACCGGCAACAUGGAGGGCACCGCCGGCCCUCAGGCGACUCCGGUCCGCCGCUGA